CCCACCUAUAUCGAAAGUGGUCAAGCGGUCUUGGUAUAUGCUGCGGUAUCAAGUUGAACAACUAUCUUGUAGCAUGGUACAUGACCCGGAUCACAUCUCCGGCGUUUUUCUCGUCACAGAAUGUCAGAUGACAUUUUCUACGUCGCAGAUCGAGGCACCUGUAUCGUAGCACACCGUCAACCUGAGCGAGAUGCUUUGAGGUAGAAAUUGCCAUUAGUACCGGGGAAGAGCCGGGACAAGUCUUGAUAUUUGGUGAGCGUGAUAGCUACGAUAUACGAAAAAGGGCACAGGCUUACGGCUCCUGAGCGGGGGGUCAAGUGGUUCUCAACCCAUCUUGUUCUAGGUUGAUCAAGGCAAGCUGUUGACUCUGUUGAUGGUGGUGGCAUUGUUGAAGGGGAAAAUGAUAAAAUGAAAAUGAUUGAGGAUUUGGUACCAAGCAAUGCAAAAUUCUCAGGUUAUCGGGAAGGAAGGCAUACUGUGUUUUGGGCAACCGAGGAGGCCUCAUGGCACGGAAAUAACUAAUCGCACCUUCCCAGCACACAACUGCUCAAACUGGAAGAGCGACCCAUACUGUUGGAUAAACACAACCGCAGCCGGGUAAAUUUCCCAUUUUCAUCAUGAUUGGGCACCACCACCACCAUCAUACAUAUGUAUCAAAACACCACUCUUACCUUACUCACAGCCAACAACCAUUUUUCACCACCUCCAAACCCCUUCAACAAAAAUGCCUCCCCAACCACACACCACCCACCCCCUCACCACCAACUGGCAAUUCCACCGCCUGGGCGACCCCCCCACAAAAUGGCAUCCCGUCCCCCACCUCCCCUCAGACAUCCACACCGAACUCAUCAACUCCUCCCUCCUCCCUCACCCCUUCCUCGACCUAAACGAACUCGCCACCUCCUGGGUAGCCGACCAGACAUGGAUCUACCGCCUCACUUUCCCCAGCCCCGCCCACAACCCCGAUGCCGUCAUCGACCUUGUCUUUGAAGGCCUGGACACUUUCGCGACAAUCACCCUGAAUGGCCGGGUAAUCAAACAGACAGACAACAUGUUUGUUUGUUGGAGGGUGAAUAUUAACGACUUUGCCGCGGGGAAAGAAGAGAACAUCUUGGAGAUUACCUUUGAUAAUGCCCGGGAGAGGAGUUUGCAGUUGGUGAAGGACCAUCCGGAGCAUGAGUUUAUUGUGCACCAGACCGAAGUGAGCAGGGGCCCGGUGAGGAAGGCUCAGUACCACUGGGGAUGGGAUUGGGGCCCGACACUCAUGACGUAUGGGCUUUGGAGGCCGGUCAGGAUAGAGGUGUAUGAGAGUAGGAUUGGGGAGGUGGCGGUGAAAUAUAAUGUUGAUUUGAGCGAGGGGGAGAGGAGCCGGAGGUGGAGAUUGGGUUGUGGGUUGGGAUUGUUGGGCGGGCAGGGUGGGCAGAGGUGGAAGUUGGCUUUGAGGGGAGAACAAUGGUUGCUUUUACAGGAGAACAGGGGAAGUUGAUCAAGAAUGGGGAGCAUCCUGAGACGUGGGAAUAUUCAGAAUCGAUGGUCAGGUUGGAAGGUGCAAAGCUGUGGUGGCCGAGAGGGUACGGCGGUCAGAAUUUGUACGACGUGCGAGUGAGGAUUUUCGAUGCCGAAGGCGGGACGGUUCUGGCAGAGCAUAAUCAAAGAGUCGGGUUCCGCAAGGCAGAGUUGGUCCAGGAGCGGGAUGGAUAUGGACAAUCGUUUUACUUUCGGGUCAAUGACAUCGAUGUGUUCGCUGCUGGCUCGAACUGGAUUCCUGCCGACUCCUUCCUGUCACAAGUUACCCCCGAUCGGUACAGGAAUUGGCUACAGAAUGCGGUUGCGGACGGUAAUCAAAACAUGAUCCGGGUUUGGGGAGGAGGUGUGCACGAACACGAUGCAUUUUAUGACGCCUGUGACGAGUUGGGAAUCCUGGUUUGGCAGGAUUUUAUGUUUGCGUGCGCCUCCUACCCGACGUACCCCGAAUUCUUGAAGUCAAUCGAGAUGGAAACAAGACAAAAUGGUACACGUCUCCGAAGCCACCCUUCGAUUGUGCUGUGGUGCGGCAGCAACGAAGACUAUCAAAUUCAAGAGCGAUACCAGCUCGACAACAAUCGUUCAGAGAACGACCCAGAAUCCUGGUUGAAGAGCUCAUUCCCCGCAAGAUACAUUUACGAAGAGCUCUUACCCCGGAUCGUCAGGGAGGAGUCACCCUGUCCAAACACUCUUCUGUACCACCCAUGCAGUCCCUUUGGAACCGGUGCUUCAACCACUUUGGAAGUAGAUCCUACCGUGGGAGACAUACACCAGUGGAACCUUUGGCACGGUGAGGCAAAAUCAUUUCAGUGCCUACCCGAAAUGGGCGGGAGGUUUGUCAGUGAGUUUGGGAUGGAGGCCUAUCCUCACUUUGAGACGGUGCAGAGAUUCGUUACCGAUCCCAAGGAACUCUAUCCAGGGAGCAAGACGCUAGACUUUCACAACAAGGCCAUCGGUUACGAAAGCAGACUUAUGGCGUAUCUUGGCGAGAACUAUCGGCUCGUUUAUGAUAUCAAGGGGUUUAUCCACCUCACGCAAAUCUUGCAAGCCGACUUCAUGGCUACGGCGUACAAGUCCUGGAGAAGAGCUUGGCAGACACAAGGAGGCAAGGGGAGAAAAUGCGGAGGGGUUCUUGUUUGGCAGUUGAAUGAUUGCUGGCCAACAAUUUCAUGGGCCGUGGUGGAUUACUAUGGUAUCAAAAAGCCAGCUUGGUACGCCAUGAAGCGCGCGUUGGCUCCUAUUGCAGUGGGAGUGAGCUGGGCAUUUUGGGAUUGGACAAUGAGACCAGCGGAUAAUUUGUGGAAGAGACACACUGGUCAUGUUGAUCCGACUUUGUCGACCAAAAAAGUGGCGUAUGAUGUGUGGGUGUCGUCUGAUGGAACUACUCACCCGAACAAGGAAAAUAUAGAGGUAACAGUGAGGACCAGGUUCAUAUCAGUUGCUACUGAGAAGGAUAUCUUAUUUGAUAUCCCUGAAUCAAAAACAGUAUCGAUUAAGUCGAACGGGGUUACUGACGUUUCGCUGAGUUCGGAACUCAACUGGGGAGGGAAGCAGGAGGAACCAAUCGUGAUCUACGUUUUACUCUGGAUCAACAACGAGAAAGUAAGCAGCGAUUGUUCCUGGCCAGACCCUAUCAAGUACUUGGACUUGAGUGAGAGGGGGCUUCGCCUGGAGUACCCGGCAGAAAACGAAGUGACGAUCCGGACAACGAAGCCAGUGAAGGGAUUUGUGUUCUCGGAAAAAGAGGGAGUUAAGCUGAGGGAUAAUGGCUUUGAUGUCGUCCCAGGGGAAAUUGUGACGGUGCAACUGGAGGGGAUAAAGGUUCGAGAGCUGGAAUGGACGUUUGUUGGACAAGGGCAGUGAGUUGAUUUUCUUCAAUGUCCACCUUGGCUGGCAAUUCUGUAGCCCCCGCGAAUCAUCGGCCUCGCCCGCGACUGAUUAUGGGGAGAAUAUGAUGUAUCAGCUUCGAAAUGUUUCACAAGAGACGCCGUAUUCCCCGGUUGACGGCAUCCUCUGGCGUGAGGCGGGUGUCAACAUCGAAAGAGCUGGGGAAGAACUAUAUUGGCACAUUGAGUUAUCUGCUUGUGACACGCUUUUCUUCACCGGUUGCUAUACACACUCUCGAAAGCGGCCUUCGUAUCCGCUUGAGUAAAUUGACCUGUUGGUGAACCUCGGCAACCUUAAGACCCCAAAAGCGAGGAACACGAGAUGCCCAAGAAUUCGGCGGAAAUGGCGGCCAGCAGUUCUAAUAGGAAGACUUACCGGUGCAUGGUCAGGAUAUGUUGUGCAAGGCAGAGAGAUGUGGCCAGUCAUGAGUGUGGAUGCGGUACCCUGGCUCAGGUAUUGGCUCGCUGCUGGUGCCCUCUCGCUGUUGCUACUUCUGAGUGCAACAACAGUGUCCCCUAUGGGGUUGAAGAUGGUGGCAAACACAUGUCGAGCAUCGGAGAUGCCAAGAACUGCCCGGUUUCGGUUACAGAAGGGAUGGCGUCCGGCAAGGAGUUUGGAGCAUCCGUUGUGACACCACCCAUCUCGAGUCUAGCGGGUCAGGAGUCAGAAGAGGAAGAGGGAGAAGGGCAAACAUUGACGCCACUUGCGGUCUACCCGGUUGCCCCUCAACGCCCGCUUCUGACAGGAAGCGAGACCGAGGCGUGA